AUGGAACAUCUUAGUGUGGACGAGGUUGUUAAAAUCAAGCUUGGUCGAGGAACAAUCCUAAACACAGAUUUGGAAAAUAAUUUAGUUCAGUAUAUUCUUGAAAUGGAAGCCAAAUUUUACGGUCUGACACGCAAAGAUAUCCAGCGUAUGGCAUUUUGCCUAGCAGAACAAAAUGGCUUCAAACAUCCUUUUGGAAUUACGCAGGCGGCAGGAAGAGGCUGGUUGGAUCUAUUCCUUCAAAGACAUAAAAAUAUUCUAUAUAUAUCAAUUAGAAAGCCAACAUCUUUCGCGCGAGCCAGAGGGUUUAAUAAACAAUCUGUUCACAAUUUUUUUACGCUUUUAGAGGAAUUGUAUGCAAAAUAUAAAUUCCCAGCUAAUCGUGUUUUCAAUGUGGAUGAGACUGGUUUGACUGUUGUGCAGAAUAAAAUCGCAGAAGUAAUUGGCCGUAAGGGUAAAAAACAAAUUGCCUCAUUAACAUCCAUGGAGAGGGGCUCUUUAAUCACGCUGAUAGCCUGCAUGAGUGCUGGAGGAGAUUUUGUGCCGCCGAUGUUGAUAUUCCCUCGGAAAAACAUGAAUAUUCAACUAAUGAAGGGUACUCCACCGGGGUCCAUUUCUGCCGGUCAUCCUAGUGGGUGGGUUCAAGCUUCAUUAUUUUCCCAAUGGUUUAGACAUUUUAUAAACACGGUAAAACCAUCUCCAACAUCACCUAUGCUCCUAGUUUUGGAUGGACAUUAUAGCCAUACGCGUAAUUUGGACGUUGUCAACAUGGCAAGAGAGAAUAACGUAGUGAUAGUCUCGUUACCCCUCCAAUCAACCCAUAAAUUGCAACCACUGGACAAAACUUUUAUGGGGGCUUUAAAGACUUACUACAGUGAGGAGAUUAGGCAAUGGAUUCGUCACAACCAUCGGGCCUUAUCGCAAUUUGAUAUCGGCGAACUUUUGGGAAAGGCCUAUCUUCAAACACAGACUGGAGAAAUUGCAGUGAAAGGAUUCAGUGCAACAGGAAUUUUCCCGUUGAACCGAAAUAUCUUUUCAGACAUGGACUUUCUGGCUGCCGAAAUUGAAACAGAAAAAGUAAACUGCACUGCUGAAAACGACUUGACUGGCUCGUUGAUCCGUUCAGCCGAAUUGCCUUUAAACAAACAUGAUUAA